AUGUCGCCAUUGAUCAGCAGCGUCGCCACGCCCCCUGCCCCUACUACUAAGUCGAUGAGCACCUUCCCGCAGUAUAACGGUCUCCAGAAGUGCCCCUGGAAACCUGGUGAUGGUCUCGAGGGCUGUCCACAUAGGACAUUCGGUCGUACCUCCAAGUCGUCGGCUGCUGGGAGUGGCAAUGUGGUGAACAGCGCGUUGGAGUUGGUGGGAAGCACGCCUAUGGUGAAGUUAGAACGAAUUAUGAAGGAAUUUGAUCUACCAUGUGAGCUGUGGGCUAAGGCUGAGUACUUCAACCCAGGGGGUAGUGUCAAGGAUAGGAUCGCCCUGAGGAUGAUAGAGGCAGCUGAGGAGGAGGGCAGAAUCAGACCAGGGGAUACCCUCAUCGAGCCUACUAGUGGUAACACUGGUACGGGUCUGUGUCUGGCGGCCGCCAUAAAGGGGUACAAAAUGGUCGUCACAAUGCCGGAGAAAAUGAGUGGAGAGAAGGUAAAUAUGAUGAAGUGCCUGGGCGCUGAGAUACUACGGACCCCUAAUGAGGCGGCGUGGAACACCCCGGAAUCUCACAUAGGCUUGGCUAUCAAAUUGCAGAGGGAAAUUCCCCGUAGUCAUAUACUGGAUCAGUAUUUGAACCCUGCUAACCCGAUGGCACACUACGAGGGGACGGGCGCGGAGAUUAUCGAGCAGUGUGAUGGGAAGGUGGACGUGAUGGUCCUGGGCGCGGGCACUGGGGGUACCAUAACGGGAGUUGCGAGGAAGCUGAAGGACGUCCUCGGGGAUCAAUGUUUGGUCGUUGGAGUAGAUCCAGUGGGGUCGAUUUUGGCAGUGCCAGACUCGCUGAACGACCCGGGCAGAUUGGAGGGAUAUCAGGUGGAAGGCAUUGGUUAUGAUUUCAUACCUACAGUGCUCGACAGAGAUCCCACUGUGAUAGAUGAGUGGAUGAAGGUUGGCGAUCCCGAAGCCCUAGCCAUGGCCAGGAAGCUCAUCCGACUGGAAGGUCUAACCGUUGGGGGAAGCUCGGGGACAUGCGUGGCUGCUGCGGUCCGCUAUAUAAAGUCGAAGUCACCGGAGGAAAUGGUUGGCAAAAGGGUCGUGGCGUUGCUACCCGACUCCUCUCGAAAUUACAUGUCUAAGUUCCUGGAUGAUGGUUGGAUGUUGUCCCACGGCUUCAUCUCAAUGGAGGAGCAUCCCGGUUACUCUAAUUAUAAACAGAAGCGUUGGGGAGGAUUAUCAUUGAAGGAGUCGGGAAUUGUUUUUGGGAAAAUUUUAACCCUGAGCCCGUCUCUCUCGGCAUUCGAGGGAAUUAGGAUGAUUAAAUCAGCUGCUCAGGAGGACCCUACCUAUUCAGCAGAGGUUGCUAUGCUUAGCAGUGGACAGGACAUGGUGACGAUGAAGAAUCUGUAUACACGUGUGACGGCUGCUGAAGACCCCAAGACUCUCACUUUGGAGAAGUGCAAGGUUAAACCGAGUCCUCCCCUGAGUGUGUCGAUGGAUGCCUCUCUUGCCGAAGUUGCCAUCAAGCUCGAGGUCCAAUCCUACGUCCCGGUCCUCGUUGGGGAGGAGGUCUGUGGGGUCAUCGAUAGUGGAACCUUCCUUCACUUUUUGGCUACCUCGGUAUGA